CAUUCUCUGCCUGCUUUGUUCAGCACCCGGCCCCUGCAAGGCUUAUCUCCAUCUAGCUCAGCCCAAGCCCUGGAGGAGUUGUUUCCCCGCUAUGCCAGUCUUCGGCCGGGGCCCCCCCUCAAUCCCCCGGAUUUCCAGGGCCUGAGAGAUGCACUGGAUUCCGAACACACCCGUCGCAAGCAUUGUGAACGCCAUAUUCAGACCCUACAGACCCGGGUGCUAGAGCUUCAGCAGCAGUUAGUUGUGGCUGUGACUGCUGACCGCAAGAAAGAUAUCAUGAUCGAACAGUUGGACAAGACCCUGGCCCGAGUGGUGGAGGGCUGGAACCGUCACGAGGCUGAGCGGGCAGAGGUGCUUCGGGGGCUCCAGGAGGAACGCCAGGCAGCCGAACUUACCAGAAGCAAGCAGCAGGAGACAGUGACCCACCUGGAGCAAAGCCUUUCCGAGGCCAUGGAGGCCCUGAAUCGUGAGCAGGAAAGUGCCAGACUGCAGCAACGGGAAAGAGAGACACUGGAGGAGGAGAGGCAGGCUCUGACCCUGAGCUUGGAGCUGGAGCAGCAGCGGGGCCGGGCCCUGCAGGAAGAGCGGGAUGAGGCUCGGGCUGGGCAGCUGAGUGAGCGUCGACAGCUGGAGGCGCUGAAGCUGGCCCUGGAGGAGGAGCGGCAGGCCUGGGCCCAGCGAGAGCUCGAGCUCCAGGAGCGCUACGGGGCCCUGCAGGAGGAGGUACACGCUCAGCUGGAAAAGGAGAAGGGGAACACCCAGAGGGAGGCGCAGGCGGCGCGGGAGGCCCAGCAGCAGCUAACGCUGGUGCAGUCGGACGUGCGGCGGCUGGAAGGGGAGCUGGACACGGCUCGGAGAGAGCGAGACGCCCUGCAGCUGGAGAUGAGCUUGGUGCAGGCGCGGUGUGAGAGCCAGCGGAUCCAGCUACAGUCGGAGCUGACCCUGCAGCUGGAGCAGCGGGUGAGCGAGCGCCUGGCGCAGGCCCAGGAGAGCAGCCUGCAGCACGAGGCCUCCCUGCGGGAGCAUCACAGGAAGCAGCUGCAGGACCUGAAUGGACAACACCAGCAGGAACUGUCCACUCAGCUGGCUCAGUUCAAGGUGGAACUGGCAGAGCGAGAGGAAAGGCAGCAGCAGGUGGCUCAGGACUAUGAGCUCAGACUGGCCCGGGAGCAGGCGCGCGUGCGUGACCUGCAGAGCGGCCGCCAGCAGCUGGAGGAGCAACGGGCCGAGCUGGUGGAGCGACUCCAGGCCAUGCUGCACGCCCACUGGGAGGAGGCCAACCAGCUGCUCAGCGCCCCCACCUUGCCUCCAAACCCCCCGGUUCCUACCACCAGGCCCUCCAGCCCUGGGCCUCAGGAGCCAGAGAAGGGGGAGCGGAGGCUGUGGACUCUGCCUCCCGUGGCCGUGGCCCUGAAGCCCGCACUGCAGCAGAGCCGGGAAGCGGGGGAUGAGGCGCUUGGAGCCCCACCUGUCCUCUGCAGCCCGUCCCCAGACCUCAGCCUCCUGCUGGGCCCCCCUUUCCAGAGCCAGCACUCCUUCCAGCCCCUGGAGCCGAAGCCGGGCCUCACCUCAUCCUCCGCCGGGGGCUUCCACCCUGACCACAGGCCGGAGCGGCCGUUCCCUGAGGAAGAUCCUGGGCCCGACGGGGACAGCUUCCUCAAGCAGGGGCUGCCAGCCCCCUCCCAGCUCGAGGGCCUCAAGCAUUUUUUGCACCAGCUGCUGGAGACGGUACCCCAGAACAGCGAGGUCCUGUCUGUUGAUCUGUUGCCCCCGAAGCCUGGUCCGCUGGCUGGCCCGUCAUGGGAGGAAGCAGCCCCGCACGUGCCACACCUCCCACCCCCCGUUCAUAAAACCAAAGUGCCCCUAGCCAUGGCAUCCAGUCUUUUCCGGGUGCACGAGCCUCCCUCAAGCCACUCCCAGAGCAGCGGUCCCAGCAGUGGCUCCCCAGAGAGGGGUGGAGAUGGGCCGGCUCCCGCAGGGCAGCUGAUGGACGUGUCUCAGCUCUUACGACUGUACCAGGCCCGGGGCUGGGGGGCGCUGCCUGCCGAGGACCUGCUGCUCUACCUGAAGAGGCAGGAACAGGGCAGGACGGACAGCCGAGGGGAUAAUGUCCCCAGAAGGAACACAGACUCCCGCUUGGGUGAGAUCCCCCGGAAAGAGAUCCCCUCCCAGGGGCUCCCUCGCCGCCUCGCUCCAGCCCCUAAGACUGAAAAACCUCCAGUUCGCAGGAAAGGCGGGCACCCCGCCCCCAGCAGCAUGAGGAGCCGGGGGGGCAUCUGGAGAUGAGCCCCUUGCCCUUUCUACUCUUCUCCUUUUACUAAAUGCUCGAGGGUCUGUAUUCGAGUCUCAGACUCCUAGGCAUCUGAAAAAAUGGAGAUUUUAUAGGAAACUACUUUGUAAAGAAACCUCGUUUGGUUUGAGAAUGUUUUUUAUACGUUAUAUGUUCCCGUAUUCUAUUCUGUGGAAAAGACAGGAAGGCUUUGAAGAAAGACCGCCUCUGGCUAGGUUCGAGAAGUUCCAAUGAGCUAAGGUUCAGUGUUUUGAGAGUAGAACGUGCAGAGCGAUUAGCUGCGGUUGGCAGUGGAAUUAUGGAAGAUUCUAAUUUUCUUUAUACGUUUCUGUAUUUCUACAUUUUCCAAAACAAGCAUGUAUGACUUAAUCAGAAAAAACAAACUUGUAAUAAAAGAGUAAAUUAUUGUAUAAAGAGUUUGAGUAAA